GCUGGGGUCAAUAUACGUUAACGCAAAUCUAGGAAGGAAACAAACGUGGGCAGUCUGGUGAUGUUGCAGUAGCUCUGAUCAGACAUCAAGUUUGGAAAUAAGUUAAUUUAAAGCCGGGUAAAGUAAAAAGUAACUCGUUGGAUGUACGUUCAGGUUUAUGUGGAGUUGAUGAUGGAUUACCAACAGCUUGUUUAGCAGGCCUGGUAACGCAUUUUUCUAUCCCCUCGGACCCCGUACAAAUCAGCGCGUCCCGCUCCGUGGUCCAGAUGGAGAACUACCGCAAGGCGAGCACGGAGGAGGACCCCGCCCGCUGCCCGUUCCUCCACCUGCCCGCCGGCACGCCGCAGGUACUCGUAAAGGACGGCAGCAAGAUCCGCAACAUCGUGGGCUUCGCGUUGAGCCGCGUGGAGGCGCCCCGGCCGCGCCCCCUCCGCAAGGGGGACCGCCCGCCGGAAGGCGGAACCACUGCAGGGGUCCCGGCGGCCCCGGAGGUCCCGGAGAUCCCCGUGGACCCAAAGCCGCUCAGCAGGCAGAUCGUCUUCACGGCGACGGGGAAGGGCAUCUCCAAGGCCAUCACGUGCGCGGAGAUGGUGAAGCGGCGGCUGCGGGGCGGCGGCGGCGUGCACCAGCGCACGGAGCUGCAGUACCGCGCCGUGCGAGAGCUGUGGGAGCCCCUGGAGCCCGGAGCCGGGCUGGACGGACUGACGGUCAGCCGCAACGUCCCGGCCCUCUGGAUCCUGCUGUCCAGGGACCCGCUGGAGCCCCCGGGGCCCGCGGACCAGCCCCCGGGGACCUCGGACGGCCUGUGGGCGCAGGCGGAGGGAGAGGAGGAGGAGGGGGAGGAGGAGGAAGAGGGGGAGGGAGGAAGAGGAAGAAGGAGGGCGGGGGCCAGGAAGAAGAGGGGAGGCUAUGGGGAACGAGGCGGAGGGAGGGGGGGCAGGGGGAGAGGUGGACUCCCCCCAGGGAGACCCAGAGGACCUGGGAGAGGCCAGAGCCACAUUGUUUUCAAAUAAACAGCAAGUGCCGAUACCACAACGUGUUGUUACAUCCACUGAAAUGUCCCGCAUCAUCCAGCACAGCUGUUCCAUCAAACGGUCAGUACCAUCAUACAGUAGCGCUGAGGUUACCGGCCCUAAGAAGUCGGUGGUCUACUGUAUCAACCAAUCACAAUGAUGGCCGAAAUACCGUGACGGGCUGCUCAGGUAGGAAUGGCUGCCAUCUAUUAGCUAAUGGCUAAUGGCUGCCGUCUAUUGGCUCCUGGCUAUUGGCCUCCGUCUUUUGGCAUCUAUUGACAUUAUUCUGCAUUAGUCUUCAUGAAAGCAUCAAUCUUUUUAUUGUGAUAAUCGACCUGACUCAAUAAAGACGUCUGUUAAGGCUGACCACCUCCAUAUACACAUGGAUCUAAAUAUCGCAUCGUGAGUUAGGAUAGGAGUAGGCUUCACUCAAUGUGUAUUUAAGAGGGCUGGCCUGAAUAGUCAGAUCAAGUAAAGUAGGAGGGAUGCGGGACUAUGCAUGAAUCCACUUUUAUUUGCACAGACGUUUUGGCGUGUGCCUUCUUCAGUGUGCAUCAAAACUGUUUAACCGGUCUUCAAUAACCACACCCAUUGACAAAACCCCAUUGACAGCAACAAUUAAAUGUUAUCCAGUCCAUACAUGAUCAUUGUCACUAAUGUUUCAGACAGUCCAUUGAUGAGAAUAAAUUACAUUUAUGUAUACAUACGAA